AUGGAGGUGGCAAAAUUAUUACCAGAUCAACAUCAAGUAAACCUUCGUGUAAAAGUCCUUGCACAAAUCAUGUCUGGUGAAGUGGAUGACGGCAAUGAAUCAACCUUGUCGAAAAUCAAAGUCGCCGAAUUUCUUGUUGGUGAUUCUUCCGGAUGCAUAAUUGUAAAGGCCAUUAACGACCAAAUAUCACUUCUCCAACCGCAAACAUGCGUCUUGAUUCAUAACGCACGCGUGGAAAUGUAUCGUGGAUUCAUGCGUAUUGUAAUUGAUCAAAACACGAAUGCUGAAAUAAAGCCUUUCGGUGAAGCUAGCGAUGAUCAAGUCACUCAGGCCAGUAGCAGAGGUGAUGAUAUACAACCAAACUUGGAAAAGAAUUAUUCAUUGACUGAAUAUCAAUAUGUACCGCACGUGGUUUUAAACGAAUAA